GAAAAGGAGAAGAUACAGAAAACAGAGUAAGAGCUUGCUGUGGAGCGACCCUUAUCUUGUUGGCGUCAAAGACCGAAGCUUUGAAGAAAAAUAAGAGAGGCAAUGGCUGUUUGUGUUUCUGGGUCGCACGCAAUUUUCAUUAACCGUUCCAAUUUAAAGACUGUUGCGGUUCUGAGCAGAGAGAAGAAGAUGGGAGUACAAUACGAUCUGAAGAAAGGGCAGAGUCGUAAUUUCCAUGAGCUCCCCUCUGGUCUAAGCAUGGAGGUGAUAGUGCAAAAGGGUGCAGAAAUCAACAAAAAUGUUGAAUACCCUCCUUUGGUUUUUGUUCAUGGAAGCUAUCAUGCUGCUUGGUGUUGGGCUGAACACUGGUUGCCCUUCUUUUCAUCUUCUGGCUAUGACUGUUAUGCUGUUAGCUUGCUAGGACAGGGUGAAAGUGAUGGACCUGGCGAUUCUGUUGCCGGUACACUUCAGACACACGCAAGAGAUGUUGCAGAUUUUAUCUGUCGAAAUAUUAGAUCACCGCCUGUGUUGGUUGGACAUUCAUUUGGAGGACUAAUUAUUCAAUAUUAUAUUUCCAAUUUAGGAAGUGACAAUCUCAAAGAAGAUUUAUUCCCAAAGCUUAAAGGAGCUGGCCUCGUUUGCUCUGUACCUCCUUCUGGUAAUAGUGGGAUAGUCUGGCGAUAUAUCUUAUCCAAGCCCAUUACUGCCUUCAAGAUAACUCGCAGCUUGGCAGCAAAAGCUUUUCAGAGCUCUCUUCCCCUUUGUAAGGAGACAUUUUUUUCAGCCACUAUGGAAGAUCACGUUGUUAAAAGAUAUCAAGAGCUAAUGAAAGAAAGUUCGAGGAUGCCGUUAUUUGAUUUAAGAAAGCUGAAUGCAUCUCUUCCUGUUCCUCCUGUGUCAAACUGUCCUUUUGAAAUUCUUGUGUUGGGUGCAAAGAAUGACUUCAUUGUGGAUGUAGAGGGACUCAAAGAAACAGCAAAGUUCUAUGGUGUGUCACCUGUGUGCGUUGAAGCAGUUGCUCAUGACAUGAUGUUGGAUGUUGCGUGGGAGAGAGGUGCGGAAGUUAUUCUUUCAUGGCUAAAUGGUUUGGAGAAGUAAGAAGCGAGAGAUAGUAAAAAAAACCAUCUGCUUCAUUUUCUCAUUUUAUCCGAGAACAUGCAAAGAUGUGUCUUGCUUGAGAUAAUUAGAAAUGAUGCAAUAAUGUUGAAGGUGUUCUAAUCUUCAAGGUAGGUCAUAGAAGAAAUGUUGAUUUGAGUUGUAAUACACGAUCCAGAUAUCCAAUCUCCAUUCAUAUAAGUAUCUGUACUUCAGCAUUCUAAUGUACUUGAAUUUUUAUGAUAGAUUCUCAUUAACACUCA